GCGAUCCUUCCGUCGCCGUCGCCUUGCAAACAUGAGCUCCUCGGACGACGACACUCCUCUCGUCCAGACCAAUGGUCGCCAUUUGGGUGAGUUCCUCUACAUCCAGUCUAUCUGCAUUCGUGCUUUAUUCUUGCUGUAAUCGUCAAUCAACACACUCAACGAGCCCUUAAUCCAUGAAAAUGGUUUCCAAUGCGCCUGCCUCCCCUUGGACCCUACCCCUUUCCUAUUUUACCCUAUCUUUCGUCGACCACUUUAGGACGUUAACUAAUAUGACAUGGGGAAUUGCGACAGAGACGAAUGGUCAUGUUGACCCUGGAGUGUCGAUACGGUUUGGUCCGGUAAAAUCCGGAAAUGAUGUCGAGAUGGCGGAUGCGGACGCUGAAGCCGGUGCCGCUUCGAAGAGGAAGUCGCGCAACAGUGUCGGUCAGGUCAAGUCCUACGCUGAACCGGAAAGCAGUGAGGAAGAUCAACCUUUGAGCAAGCGUCGUCGCACAUCGGUAAAACACGAGGAUCCCGAGACGGAUGAUGAUGUGCCUUUGGCGCUCAACGGUCGCAAACUUCCGAAGGCUUCUGAAACUGCUAUCGGCGAGGAGUCGGAUUCGGAUGUCCCAAUUGAAAGGAAGCUCGCUGCGGAGAAGAAGCGAAUUCAACUGAAAGGCGAGAAGGAGGCCAAACCUAGUCGCAGUCAGGCCACGACGAAGAGCACCAAGGCCGCGGCAACUAAGAAGCAGACCAACGGCGUGAAGAACGAGCCCGAGAACUCGAAGCCCAGCGUCGUGAAAAAGACAGCCAAACAUGCCAGGGCCCCGGAGAGAGCUGUCGUCACCACCGUCAAGCGGGGAGCGUCGACCGGCAAGGCAACUCCCGCGAAAGGCAAAGCUUCUGCCGCCAAGGCAACUCCAGUGAAGAAGGAGGAGAGUGAAGAAGUUGAGGAUGGCGAUGAGGAAGAGGAAUACCGGUGGUGGGAGGACCCGACUAAGGGCGAUGGCACGAUCAAGUGGACUACGCUUGAACACAACGGCGUGGUUUUCCCUCCCCCUUACGAGCCUCUUCCUAAGGAUGUGAAGCUGAAAUAUGACGGCAUCCCCGUCAAUCUUCAUCCCGACGCCGAAGAGGUUGCCGGCUUCUUUGGCAGCAUGUUAAACUCUACUCACAACGUCGAAAACCCCAUCUUCCAGAAGAAUUUCUUUGCGGACUUCCGAGAUAUCCUGAAAAAGACCGGUGGCGCAAAGGAUACCAAAGGCAAUAAAGUCGAUAUCAAGGAAUUUUCGAAAUGCGAUUUCCAGCCUAUCUUUGCAUAUUAUGAAGCGAAGCGCCUUGAGAAGAAGAACUUGCCUCCCGCUGAGAAGAAGCGCCUAAAGGCCGAAAAGGACGAACAAGAGGCACCCUACAUGUACUGCAUGUGGGAUGGUCGCAAGCAGAAAGUCGGUAAUUUCCGAGUCGAACCACCCUCAUUGUUCCGUGGUCGGGGUGAACAUCCCAAGACUGGCCGCGUCAAGUCUCGAGUCAUGCCGGAGCAGAUUACAAUCAACAUUGGCAAAGAUGCACCUGUUCCUCCGCCACCGGAAGGCCACAAAUGGAAGGAGGUGAAGCAUGACCAAGAAGGCACAUGGCUUGCCAUGUGGCAGGAAAAUAUCAACGGUAACUACAAGUACGUCAUGCUUGCAGCCAACUCAGAUGUCAAGGGGCAGAGUGAUUACAAGAAGUUCGAAAAAGCCCGCGAACUGAAGCACCAUAUUGCUCGAAUCCGCAAGGAUUAUCAGAAGAAUCUCAAGCAUGAAUUGAUGGUGGAGCGACAGAAGGCCACCGCUGUAUACCUUAUUGAUCAAUUUGCCCUUCGUGCUGGUAAUGAGAAGGGUGAAGACGAGGCUGAAACUGUCGGUUGUUGUUCUCUCAAAUAUGAGAACGUCACCCUCAAGCCUCCCAACAAGGUCGUUUUCGACUUCCUGGGUAAAGAUAGUAUCCGGUUCUACGACGAAGUCGAGGUCGAUCCGCAGGUUUUCAAGAACCUCAAGAUCUUCAAGAAGGCGCCUAAAAAGGAGGGCGACGAGAUUUUCGAUCGACUGACUACUUCCGCACUCAACAAGCACCUGUCGGGUUAUAUGCAAGGCUUGACCGCUAAAGUGUUCCGUACCUACAACGCUUCCCACACCAUGUCUACGUUGCUCAAGGAGAUGAAAGCAACCGGUAAUAUUGCGGAGAAGGUCAAGGCUUACAACGAUGCAAACCGUAAGGUUGCCAUUCUCUGCAACCACAAACGAACCGUUACUGCAUCUCACGCCAAUCAAAUGGAGAAAAUGAGCGAACGCAUCAAGGGUCUUCGCUAUCAGCGCUGGCGUUUCAAGCAGCAGAUGCUCAACCUUGAGCCCACGCUCAAGAAGAAGAAGGGUGCCAAGUUCUUCGAGUUGGACGAGGACAUGGACAUGGAAUGGGUCAAGGAACACCAGGCGUUCCUCCUUGAAGAACAACGGCAGAAGAUCCAAAAGAAGUUCGAGAAGGACAAUGAGAAGCUUGCCGCAGAUGGAGAGAAGGAAAUGAAGGCAAGCGAGCUCCAAUCUCGCCUCGAAGUUGUCAAGGACAUGGAGAAGAAGUUCAACAAGGAGAUCAAGACGGGCAAGGUGGAAGCCGAAGGCAAGGCUCCCACUGUUGAGAAGCUCGAGACCGCCAUCAAGAAGCUCGAGCAGCGUAUAGAAACCAUGGAGCUCCAAGCCCAAGACAAGGAGGACAACAAGGAAGUCGCCCUGGGUACCUCGAAGAUUAACUAUAUCGAUCCUCGUCUCACCGUCGUCUUCAGCAAAAAGUUUGACGUCCCUAUCGAAAAGUUCUUUUCCAAGGCCCUGCGUGAGAAGUUCGAAUGGGCCAUCAAAUCCGUCGACGAGACCUGGGAAUUUUAGAUCUGGAUGUUCCUGGUUAGCUUUCUUGAGAGGUGGACACAGACUUUUUUUCCUUGAUGGUUACAAAAACCUGAUACUGUUGGCUUCUUUAGCUAUUUCUUACUUUUUUCUCCCGUCUUCCAGAUAGUCAUG